AUGGAAGCUGAAUUAGUGGUCAUUGAAGAGGGUACUGUGCCUCUAUACUGUCUUGGUGUUUCUGAUUGUGAUUCGAGUUGCGAAACAAAUAGUAAUCACGUAAGUACUAGUGAAUAUCGUUCACCUUGUAUUGAUCUCAAUUAUAUCAAGGCCUAUGAAUCACCAGCAUUGGAUAGCCAAUCCACAACGAACCAGAGUACGAACAAUAUUCCUUCAUCAUCAAGCAUCGAGAUGAACACUUCUCAGCCAUCAUCACCAGUAAUAACUACUACCUCUACAGAAUGGAUCUUCACAGACGAAACUAUGUCAUUUCCACCUUGCUGUCUAUUGCCUAGCACAAGCAGCUUCUCUGGUAUUGUUGAUGAGACACAAUGUACGAUAACACCAAACAACAAAUGUGAUGAUGACAAUAUUUCCCAACAGAGCAAAAAACGAAAAUCAAGAACCACAGAUGAAGCUGCUGAAGACACUCACAAGGAAUAUCAAUUCACUUUAGAGAAAGGACUGUUUGAAUUUGUACCAAAAUAUAAUUCCUUUAAAGAAGUACCAGAUGAGAAGAAACAAAUUUAUGGAAUUAUAUGGGAACAGUUCGCCAAAUGUGCAAGAAAUAUUAUUUAUCAACAUCUACAGAUGAGAUGUUCAAACUCCAUCAGCCAUGAAACGGUUGGAUGUUGCAACCCAAACGUGUUUUAUCUUGCUCUGAGGGGAACAAAGGCUAAAUAUUACCAAUGGUAUCAAGACAUUUUGUGGAAUGGCCUAAAGAAGAGACAGAAGUGCAUUCAAUUCAGAUUUACUGACAGUGUUCCUCCUUUAGACAAAUGCAAGCAUUGGUCUGAGUUGGAAAUUACUCACUCACGUCUUACACGUAAAUUCGGAAAGAAGAUUACGAAACACAAGAUGAAAAUUGUAUACAUUUCUCUCACAUGUAAUGUGGAAACUAAUCAAGUGUGGACAUCGUUCAAGUUUGACAAAGAAUUCGAGUUUGUACAAUAA